AAAGCAAGUAGUUUAGAUUGCCUCGCGAUCAGUAUGUCGUGAAUAAUGUAGUGAAAAUGUUGUCUCAAGUAACACCAGUAGCACUCGUGUUUGUGCUGUUCACAGUUUUUACCAGUGGUAUUGAGCAGGAAGCUGCAGGGAAACUUAGCAGAAAUUCAUCGUAUUUUCCCGGCACUCCACGCCAGGGUCGCUUUCUCGGUCUACUUGGAUUAUUGACUGGGUUAACGCUGGGAGAUUCAUUGGAUGACAGUGAACAACCGCAUUUCAGACCCCCCGGUGGGAUAGUGAAAAUUAAUAUAGGACGACCUUUGGCCGAAUCCUUCUAUCAUUAUAUGUACAAUCCGUACUACUAUGGUAGUGUUCCGUCUAUCAACAUAAAAAUUCCGUUAAGACCGGAAUCGAUUCAUGAAGAAUUUGGAGUAGGUGACUUUGUCGGUGUAGCCGGUGCCAGUUCAUUCGGAGGACAAAGUGGACAUCUAGGGCUCCAUGGUUCAAACCAGUUAAUCGAACCGAGGCCAAUACUUUCGGACUCAUCGGAACCUUCUGAGGCUAGUACAUCAAACGGAGCACCCAAAAAACCUAAGAAAGUCCAAUAUAUUAGGAUCCCGAAAUUACCUUACUCUAGAAUAAUUCGCAGUACUAUCCGAAGCGACACAACUACAAGUGAACGAAUGGCAUCAGUUGCAAGUAUCAAUAAUAUUGAUCAAACCAGCCCAAUAACUUCUGAGCACGAGGAGGAAAGCGUACUUGAAUUAGAAUCAUCACCACCAACAACAUCAGCCAUACAAACUGAAACCGAGGAAUCACUAAUGCUUCAUGCUACAGCCAUUCCAGUUAUACAGGAUAAUUCAAUCGUCGAUCAAGUGACCGAGUUACCAACAUUCUUGGUUCCACAGUCAUAUUUAGUUCAUGAAGGUAGCCUUCAAGAUUCGUCCAUCAUCAGCAUAACGACCGCUGAACCGUACGAUAGAUUCAAACCCAGCCGUCCGGAUAAGCUCCAGAAUUUAUGUGGCCACGCUGUCCUUAGUUCUGAUGAAUUUCGUCCCGUUGUUAAAAUAUAAAUUUGUAUUUUUUUCUAUACUCUUAGCAAUUUUGAGAGAUUUCAUUUCCACGUAUUAAAUGUUUUUGAAUGCAAUUUACAACAAUGUUAUGAUUUAGAUUAAAAAAAAAACAAAUAAAUUUCGAGUGAAUAAAUGCAUUUUUGCUUUUCUGUUUCAUUUGACUAUGCGUGGCUGUAAAUCAUUGUACAAACCACAACGUCCCUGACGGAGUAAGUGAUUUACUAAAGGUUAUCCCUGUCGAGUCAAGUAUCGUUAUGGAUUAACUCCUAAAGACCCACAACAGUAACAGAGACAGUCAGACGGAUUAAUAAGGCUUAUCUGGUCUGUAUUCAAUACCUCGUCAUUGGCUGUUUUGGAAAGCCUUCCGCCAGCAGACUUUACGACAUCACGCCUAAACAAACAGCAACCCGCCGGAAGUACGUUCGAUGGCAGAGAGAUCGGAAAUGAAUUUCAUAGUAGGCGCCCGUCAUCUUUCCUUGAAAAAAUAUAAGUUUUAGGUUUUUUUUACUGCAACCAAUUAGUUUCACAAUACGAUGUCCGCGUCAUCUGGCCCGACAUUUCAUACUGACAAAAUUAAACAAGACUGGUUCAGCUUGCAGCCAUGCGCCGAGCAAACAAAUCCCAACGAAACAGUAUAGAUAAGCGAUCCCCGGGGAGGAAGUAGAAUUUAUUAUCCUUUGCUUUUACUGUAUUUGCAUCGGAACGAAUCUCUGUGGCGCUUGUUCCAGUUGAGCCGGCGAAGUGCAACUCUCGGAAACACACCAGAAAACAUUUCGGUCUCGUCUUUCUGUGAGUGGAAAUUGAGACACUCCAACCAUUGGAUCUCUGUCUAGUCAUGCUUUUUAUGCCUGGUAGGCGUGUUCCUGGAGCUACCGCUGCUGUUGUUGCCGGUAAGUGGCUCGUGUUGUUUGGUUAAAAGGUUAGGAGACAUUUUUUAUGCCGGCUGUCUGCCACCAGCUCAAAAAAAACGAAACAAGACAACCAAACAGACAACGGGUUCAAGUGGUCUUUAAUAUGUUUUAUUGAAAUCUGCUAAGGUACGGCUUUAGACACGGAGUGGGAAUUGGGUCAAAUCGGUUUCUCUAAGGAUUGAAUAUUGCUUGUGGUCAAAUGAAAAUAUGCUUCGGUUGAAUUCGAAAAACAAAUAUGAAUAUGACAGUAUGGAAAAGA